CGCUCCGCACCCGUCCCGGCGGCGGACACCGCACCGCACCUGUCCCACCCGCGGACACCGCAUCGCACCUUUUCAUUUCUGUCCCGCUGGUGUCACCGCACCGCGCCUGCCCCAGCCCCGGAGAGGGGCACCUCCCCGGGGGCCCGUUCCCAUCUGCUUCUUCCUGCUUAUGCCAGCCCUGCAGAGACAGCAGCAGCCCCUCUGAUCCUUGGCUCCAAGGGUGAGAUCCUCGGAUAGAAUGGGGCGCUUCACCGUGUGGGACUAUGUGGUCUUUGCAGCUAUGCUGCUCAUCUCAGCCAUCAUUGGCAUCUACUACGCCUUCGUGGGAGGUGGGCAGAAGACAUCGAAGGACUUCCUCAUGGCAGGCCGCAGCAUGAGUGCCCUCCCGGUUGCGCUCUCCCUCACCGCCAGCUUCAUGUCAGCCGUCACGGUGCUGGGCACCCCUGCUGAGAUCUAUCGCUAUGGUGCCAUCUUCUGCAUCUUUGCCAUCACCUACGGCCUGGUGGUGCUGUGCAGUGCUGAGAUCUUCCUGCCCGUCUUCUACAAGCUGGGCAUUACCAGCACCUAUGAGUAUUUAGAACUUCGAUUUAAUAAAUAUCUACGCCUCUGUGGAACGGUCCUUUUCAUAAUACAAACGACUUUGUACACUGGUAUUGUCAUUUAUGCUCCAGCUUUAGCACUAAAUCAAGUCACUGGCUUUGACUUGUGGGGCGCAGUGGUGGCGACUGGCGUGGUCUGCACGUUCUACUGCACACUGGGUGGUCUGAAGGCAGUGGUGUGGACAGAUGUUUUCCAGGUUGGAAUCAUGGUUGCUGGAUUUUCAUCUGUGAUUAUACGAGCUGUGGUGGUUCAGGAGGGAAUUGGACGCAUUGUAAAUGAUUCCUACCAUGGAGGAAGAUUAAACUUCUGGGAUUUCAAUCCCAAUCCUUUGCAAAGGCACACCUUCUGGACCAUUGUUAUAGGUGGGACUUUCACGUGGACUGGUAUAUACGGGGUUAACCAGUCUCAAGUCCAGAGAUACAUCGCAUGCAAAAGCAGAUUCCAUGCAAAAUUGUCCCUCUACAUCAACCUGGUGGGACUCUGGGCAAUCCUGGUCUGUGCCACACUGUGUGGACUGGCCCUCUACUCCAUCUACAAAGACUGUGACCCAUGGACGGCCAACCAAGUGUCGGCUCUUGACCAGCUAAUGCCAUACCUAGUGCUGGAUAUCAUGCGUGAUUUCCCAGGAGUGCCAGGACUUUUUGUGGCUAGUGCCUACAGUGGGACAUUAAGUACGGUGUCCUCCAGCAUCAAUGCUCUGGCUGCUGUGACUGUUGAAGACCUCAUUAAGCCCCACUUCAAAUCUCUCUCUGAAAAGAAGCUGUCAUGGAUUUCCAUGGGGAUGAGCCUGUUUUAUGGUGGAGUCUGCAUUGCUAUGGCUGCAGUGGCAUCUCUUCUGGGAGCCUUGUUGCAGGCAGCACUCAGCAUUUUUGGCAUGGUUGGUGGCCCCCUUUUAGGACUGUUUACCUUAGGAAUCCUCUGCUCCUUUGCCAAUGGAAUUGGGGCAUUUGUGGGUCUUGUCAGUGGCUUCAUUAUUUCACUUUGGGUUGGAAUUGGAUCUCAGAUUUAUCCUCCACUUCCAGAGAGAACCAAGCCACUCCCUCUCUCGAUUGUGGGCUGUAAUAUAUCCUCAGGAAAUUUAACAUCAACAGAAAUUCCAUUGACAACGGUUUUCAGCACACCAGGUGCAGAAAGGCCUGCCCUGGCAGAUAACUGGUAUUCCUUGUCUUAUCUCUACUUCAGCACGCUUGGGACACUUGUCACAGUAGUUGUGGGAAUAAUUAUCAGCCUCCUAACAGGAGGACUAAAGCAGAACACGGAUCGUAAAUUCCUGCUGACCAAGGAAGAUUUCCUGUCCAACUUCUCAUGGUCUGAAACUGAGCAACCAGAGAAAGUGGAAGUGUUGAACUGGAAACCAUUUACCAUGGCAGACGAAGGAACUGACAACCCUGCCUUUAGCCACAUUGAAAUGGAUGUUGCAAGUGACAAGAACAAAGUCAAUGGUCUUCAUAUAUGACACAAGGCCAUGUCAGCCUAUGAGGACAGUUUUGUUCAUGUCAAGCACUGUUGAUGUUCCUGUUCUGGGUCAGUUACCAGCUCUGCUGGGGUCAUGGGCAGGCAUCUGCUGAGCUUUGUGGCACUAUUGCCUUUGCAUGACCUUGACAUUAGUCAAGAAAGGAAUCAGGUUUUUCUUGCACUUCCACACUCUCUCUGGUUCUUGGGGACAGAGCCUAAAGCAAUGUUUCUAUGUGAAAUAUUUGCCUGAUAUUUUUUGAUCCUCCUGGAAAAUAUCUGCUUUUUAUCUCAUUUCACCCUCAGAGUGAAUUUUUCAUUUGGAAAGAAUACCGUUCACCCAGGGAUGGCUGUUUUUCUGGCUUGUUUUUUUUUCCUUCUUCUUUUUUUUGUAAGGCAUUGAAAGUAUGAAGAGAUUAGGGUGUGGGACCUUAUCAGAUUGUAAGAAACAGUGGUCUUUUUUAUGUAUAGGAGGCAUAUUUAGUGCUAUCUGGUUCUUCUGUAGAACUGAUUCUGAGAGCAUAUUUAUUUUGCUGGUUUUGUCGUCUAUGCUUUUUUUAACCCACUUGUUUCUUGGCUACCUGCACCUUCUUCUCUGUGCUCACUGCUCGGAGCUGCAAGAAUGACUUUGGUGGUGGUAGAGGCAAGAGUCAGUACUGUCUUUCCCUUCAUGCCCUAUCUCCCUGUUCUCCUCUGUCUUGCCCUUGCAGAUCUGGUCCUCAUGAAGGAAAUAAUCUAUUUACACUUUUUAUUCAUUGGCAUAGACCAGAACCACCACAGCCUUCUGCUGCAUGCCCAGCUUGCUGGCCUAGGAUUGUUCUUGCACUGGGCUGGGCACAGUGCAGCAGAGAUGUUAAUAGAGAAGAUUCCCUUUUGGCUGUACUGGACAAGAGUGAAGGCUGCAUCUGCAUUUGCCACAGCAGUUCUCUCCAGAGCUAUGAGCUAAAACUUUCUUAGUCCUUUGUGUUCUUGCAGUCCUUGUUUUCACUCUGGGGAUUCAUGUUCAUGGUUGGUUCAGAUCAGGCAAGUGCAUGUGUUUUGGCUUGCUUUUGGGUACAGUGGGGAACAGACUGACCCACUGUGUUGUUUCUGUGAAUCAGACUUUUACUGUGGCUAUACAGGAGCAUUUAAAGUUCUUCUACAACAGCAAAAUUAAGUUGGAAAAUUAAAGCCAUUGCAGGAAAGCUGAGCUGUGAUGCUUGGAAGGCAGUCAUGCUUGGGAAUCAAGUGAAAAACUGACUGCAUGCCUUAAAUACUUUCUAAAAAUAAUACUGCAUUUGUGCCAAGUAUUGAGCCGCUGUAACUUGGAAAAUGACACAGUGCUAGCUUAGUUACCUUGACUGGGGCCCUGUAGCAUCUAAAUCAAUUUUUUCCUGUGCCCUUGUGACAGAGGGCACUUGAUGAUCUACUGCAUAAGAUGAACUGUUAGGAUCAGAAAACAAAGGUGAAAAAAUGGGCUCCAAGGACCAGACCAGAAGAAAAGGCCAGACAGACUCUCUAUGGGUGCCACCAAGGCCAUGACUCCAUUGG